GUUGCGCCAUUUUGAAAGUGCUGUGGAGUGAGUAGGCUACUCUUGAUUGCAGAGUUAGAAAGUUUUGUUAUUUCCCCACUGAUGAAAAGUGGCGAGUACUAUUGAGCGAAAUACUAAAGAAAGGUUAUUCAUUGAGUUGACACGCAGUGCAGUUACUUAGUUUACUAGACUUUUCUUGCGGACAUUUUUACUCCACCAAGCUCGGCAGAUUGGCACAGCAAGCGCUGAAACUCAAGACUGACAUUCCCUCUCAGCAUGGCAGGUGCUGGUGACGGGGACGAUGAGGUCCAGUGGUGCUUCUCUCAGGUCAAGGGGGCGUUUGAUGAUGACAUCGCGGAGGCUGACAUCAUCUCCACUGUGGAGUUCAGCCACUCAGGAGAGCUGCUGGCCACUGGGGACAAAGGAGGCCGAGUGGUCAUCUUCCAGCAGGACCCAGAGAGCAAGAGCCAGCCGCUGUGCCGAGGGCAGUAUAACGUCUACAGCACCUUCCAGAGCCACGAGCCCGAGUUCGACUACCUCAAGAGCCUGGAGAUCGAGGAGAAGAUCAACAAGAUCCGCUGGCUGCCCCAGAAGAACGCCGCCCAGUUCCUGCUGUCCACUAAUGAUAAAACCAUUAAGUUGUGGAAGAUCAGUGAGCGAGAUAAGAGACCUGAAGGAUACAACCUGAAGGAGGACGACGGGCGAUACAGAGAUCCCAGCUCAGUCACUGCUCUACGGGUACCCGUAUUUCAGCCCAUGGACCUGAUGGUGGAGGCCAGUCCCAGGCGCGUCUUCGCCAACGCACACACCUACCACAUCAACUCCAUCUCCGUCAACAGCGACAACGAGACCUACCUGUCUGCCGACGACCUGCGCAUCAACCUGUGGCACCUCGAGAUCACCGAUCGCAGCUUCAACAUUGUGGACAUCAAGCCGGCCAACAUGGAGGAGCUGACGGAGGUGAUCACUGCGGCGGAGUUCCACCCCCACCAGUGCAACACCUUCGUCUACAGCAGCAGCAAAGGCACCAUCCGCCUGUGUGACAUGCGCGCCUCGGCGCUCUGUGACCAACACUCUAAACUGUUUGAGGAGCAGGAGGACCCCAGCCGACGGUCGUUCUUCUCGGAGAUCAUCUCAUCCAUCUCAGACGUCAAGUUCAGCCACAGCGGCCGCUACAUGAUGACUCGAGACUAUCUGUCCGUCAAGAUCUGGGACCUCAACAUGGAGAGCCGGCCUGUUGAGACCUACCAGGUGCACGAGUACCUGAGGAGUAAGCUGUGCUCGCUCUAUGAGAAUGACUGCAUUUUCGACAAGUUUGAGUGCUGCUGGAGUGGAGAUGACAGUGUGGUGAUGACGGGCUCCUACAACAACUUCUUCCGGAUGUUUGAGAGGGGCGGUCGACAGGACGUCACGCUGGAGGCGUCGCGGGAGGUCAGCCAGCCUCUGAUGGUGCUGAAGCCUCGCCGUGUGUGCGCCGGUGGGAAACGGCGGAAGGACGAAGUGGGCGUCGACAGUCUGGACUUCAGCAGGAAGAUCCUGCACACCACAUGGCAUCCCCAUGACAACAUCAUCGCCGUAGCGACCACUAACAACCUGUACAUUUUCCAGGACAAAUGUUAACUAGCAUUAAUAACUACUUCUUUUGAUACUAAACCAGUUUUAUAAGGACUGCAGUAUAUUCAGGACCAGGCCAAAGCAAAGGCAAACCAAACACCAUUUCCCCCCCAAUUAAUUUCUACUGUAAGCCACUUCUAUGCGUUUUUUAAACACUCCCAACCUCAGAGGCAUUCCAUUGGUUCAUCUGUAUGUGCAUUUUACUGUUUUUGAUGUACAUUGUUUUUUUUUAAUGUCCUACAGAUUUUAUUUUAUUACUUUAUUGUUUUUUUUUUUGUUUUUUUUUGUCCUUAUGAUAAAUUUCUUUCGUCUCUCAUUUUGACCGACUCCGCUGACGUCCCCGGAGAUGGCUGCCCUGAUCGGCAGUGGUGCUCAACCCAUCCUGGGGUCCGAGCUCCGAGGACUCGCUGUGUGUGUGUGUGUGUGUGUGUGUGUGUGUGUGUGUGUGUGUGUGUGUGUGGGUGCGUCUCCCAGCCGUCUUCCCCUUGCGAGGCUGUAGAGAGAGGGAUCAGCACAGCAGUCUCUAUGUGGAGACAGGAUAUGGACCGGCAUGGACAGACCAGCGGAGCCCCAGAGCCCCUGUGUCUGCCCACAGAAGGACCAGCAGACCCCUGUAUCUGCCCACACCAGCACAGUUGCAGCAGCCCUUGAUGAUUGCCCCCACCACACACACACACACACACACACACACACACACACACACACACACACACACACACACACACAAAUGGAGGCUUUAGUCAUCCUGCACUCUUCUGAUGUUUCUCUGUGUUUGUUGCCACACACACACAACACACACACACACAAACAACACACACCUUCUGUAUGUUGAUCACUGCAGGCAUGUUUUACUGUAAUUUCUGGAGGUUAAAAGUUAAUGGUUUCUCAUGAUCUUGGGUAACAAUGUUAACCUUUUUUGUUUGUUUUGUGUGUAUUUUUAUAUUUGAUUUAUCUCAAUGUGUUUUAUUUUUUUAUUAGAAUUUUUUUUUUUUUUUUUUUUUUGAGAACUGUUUGUAUGAGAGGAUAAUCACUAUAGUUAGAUUUAUUUUUCUACAGAAUUAAAUGAGGGUGAUCUGAUCCUGAAUUGCAGUUCUGGGGCUGUGACUGUCCAGUGUGCUCCUCCCACACUCUGCUGGUUCUGAGAUGGCCAACGGUAUCUGUCCUGCAUGGUGACGUCCUGCAGUGUGACGUCCUGCAGUGAUCUUAAGCACUGUCUGUCGGUCGUGGCUUGGCCCACUAUCUGUCCUGCGUAGUGAUGUCCUAUGUUACCUUCAGCACUGUCUGCUGCUUCUGAGAGGGCCAACCUGUAACUGUCCUGCAUGGUGACGUCCUGCGCCAUCUUUAGCACUGUCUGCUGGUUGUAAGAUGGCUCACUGUAAUGUUCCUGCGUCAUCUACAGCACUGUAUCUGUCUGCUGGUUCCACCUGACUGUCCUGGAGCGAAGUGAGGGGGGGCGGCAUCAGAACUGUGGUUGUGGAUGAGGAUUGGCUCCUUAGGUAGCCUCUGAUUGGACCCUGGCCAAUCUACAGUCGGCUCUUGUGUGGCUCUGCCGUGUCAUUGGCUGGGGCUGCAGGAAGUGCGAUCCAAAGACUACUGAGCUGUGUCUGCUGUCUCCACUGCUGUCCUGUGGUGUCGCAGGCAGCUCACCUACCCCCGGCUGCUGGGGCUCCUGCAGGGUAACAAACCCUUUCAGCUUUUUUGCUUGAGCUAUAUUCAAAUCAGCUUUGUGCAAGUGUCUGUGUGUGUGUUAGCGUACAUGCAUAUGUAUGUAUGCAGGCCCUUCGUAAGUACGUAAGUAUGCAGGCCUCUCUUCGGGUAGACCCACUGGCUGUAGAGCACUGGGGUUGGCUGUGUCCUGAUGUGUGUGUGUGUGUGUGGUGUGUGUGUGUGUGUGAGAGAGAGAGAGUCUGUCUCAUCCCUGGUGCAGACCUGCUGGAGUUUUCCUUCCUCUCGGCAGGAUGGAGCUCCAUAUCCAUGACCUUGUCCUUGGGCUUUCCUGUCGCCACUGGCGUAGAGAUGUUCCUCUCUUCCCUCUCAUCUGCAUUAUAUUAUAGAGGAAUUCCUAUCUGACUGAUUCUGUCUGCGGACAGAGAUGUUCUUGGACUGACUUCAUUUGACUUCCCUGCUACAGAAGUAGAGGUGUUCCUACCCGACUGAUUCUCUAUGCGGACAGAGAUCUUCUUGGACUGAUUUCUUUUGACCACAGAAGUAGAGAUGUUCCUCUCCGACUGUCUAGCCAGAGCAGAGGCUCUGUGAGCCAUCGUCCUGUUUGAGCAAAGACGUUCCUCUCCUGGCAAAGGUGCUACUCUCAAACGUUUCGGAUGCGUUUUUGAGACUCGGCUAGCUGCCUUUCCCAUGCUGGUUCUGCAUUCAGUCCUCUCCCUGCCAUUACGCCUGAGCUGGAGGGAACUGGACGUUGGGUUCAUCUGAAGGAUCCAUGCUGAAGGCGUCGCAAACUGCUCUUGCUUGCAGUAGCUCUCCGAGGUGCACUGCCAAGCAUGUUGAGGCUUUUUUCUUCUGUAUUUAGACUUAAUGCACUUACCGUCUGUCCUGCUUGGGAAGACUGUGCUCUUCGUAGACAAGCAAGUGUUGAAUGGGGCACCUGAUGGCAACUAUCUCUAUGCAGGGCAGAAAGUGUGAAUGUUAAAUUCAGUUGAGGUGUGUGUGUGUGUGUCUGUCUCUGUCUGUCUGUGUGUGUGUGUAUGUGUGUGUGUCUGUUGGUGUUUGGAGGUGUGUGUGUACAGGUGUGUGUCCUGUGGCUGAAAAGAGGCUGUGUAGGAUAGCUGUGUGGUGCUUUGAUUUAAGAACAAUACUCAAGGCUGGGCGUUUGACCACUGCUCGUACUGGGGGGCUUUAUGCAGGGAGAACAUGAAUUAGUCAGACUUAUGUAACAAUGAAAAGACUUCAAAACCAAAUAAACUUCAUCAAUCAA